AUGGGUAGUGCUGUAUCGAAACGUCGCGAAAAAGAUAAAAAUUAUUUAUUACAAACAUUAGAUGAACAUGAAGCUGGUAUUAACUGUAUGGUAUUGAGUGAAGAUGGUAGUGUAUUAGCCACAGGCUCAGACGAUCAUAGUAUACGUCUGUGGAGUGCCAAAACAGAUCUCGUUGAAUGUAUCGGUAUUCUAACUGGACAUCAGGAUUAUGUAACAUGCAUUAUUAUUGAAGAAAAUUUUUUAAUUAGUGCUUCAGCUGACAAAACAUUGCGAAAAUGGGAUAUGAGUUUAUGUCAAUGUUUAUUUAUCUUCACGGGACAUACAUCACUCAUUAGUCGUGUGAUAUGUACCGGAGAUUUUAUAUUCUCAACAUCAUAUGAUCGAACAGCAAGAUGUUGGGAUAUUGAUAGUGGUACUUGUGUUAGGGUGUUUCGUGGACAUAAACAUGGCGUAUUACCAAUUCUAUUUGUACCAUCUGAACAGGAUGAAGCCGAUUUAUUAGAUGAUGAAAUUGAUAUUUAUACAAAAGAUGUUAUUAUAACAGGAUCACAAGAUAACACAGCGAAAUCGUGGUCAUUUGAAAGUGGUGAAUGUUUAAAAACAUUCAAAGGACAUACGGCUGCUAUUCUAUGUUUGACAACGGAUCGACAAGGAAAACUUUUAUUUACCGGAGCUGCUGAUAACUUCAUUCGAUGUUGGGAUAUCUUUCGUGGAAAUGAAUUACGAGUAUUCGAAGCGCAUUCUGGUUCAAUUAUCAACGUUGUUGUAAUCAAUAAACUUUUAUUUUCAAGUAGUUCCGAUCAUACAGUUCGAUGUUUUGUUACAGAAUUUGGCGAUUGUACACGAGUAUAUAAAGGACAUAAACAUACUGUAUCUUGUUUACAAGUAAAAAAUGGUUUAGUUUAUACGGGUUGUGGAGAUGCUUUUGUUCGUUGUUUUGAUGCAAGAUCGGGUAUUUUGAAACGCACAUUUAAGUCUCAUACACUUGCUGUUAGUGCCAUGGAGACGACUAAAGACCGUUUAUUUUCUGGUUCUGUAGAUGGAACAUUAAAAGUAUGGGAUAUCGCUACUCUAAAACCUGAUACUGUUGAAACUACUCAAUUACCAGUUAAAAAGCCAGACACGAACAAACUUGAUCCAAAUUCAUCAAUGAAUUCAUCGCAGGGAAGAAAUCUAAAUACUGACAAACGAUCCGAUGUUGACUCGGGAAUAGAUGAACGAGAAUUUCGUGAUCGAGCACAUGAUAUGGUUUAA